AUGGAUGAUAUUGGAGAUUUGUUCGAAUUCAUUAAAGAUAAAAUUGGUUUAAAAAUUGUUACUAUAUUUUUAUAUAUGACACUUCGUCAUUUUGGUAUAAGUUGGGUUAAAUGUGAUGAUUUUUUAAAAAGGAUUGGUGCAUUAACGACUAAAACAGCUAAUAAAUGGGCUAAUAUUUUUUUAUCUGGUAGUUUUGAUGAAUUUAUUAGCGAAGGUCGAGGUGGAACACAUAUUCCCAGUUUUUACGAUGUAUUUCCUGAUAUUGAAUUAUCAGCUGAAAAUUAUUUUGUUCAACAAUGUUCUGCAAAAGCAGCUGAUUUUGAUGCAUUUGAUUUAGCAAAAUGUAUUGAUGAACAGUUUUAUAUGAUAACUGAUAUUAAAAAAGAUCCUAAUGAUUCAUUAAUUCGUUCAGUACAAUCAUGUCGUUUGGACCUUCGAAGAUGGGGCGCUCGUUUUGAAUCUAAUUCGCAACGUCCCUACUUUGAAGGUCACGAACAGGAAGACAUAGUCCAACAUCGUACAGAAUUUUUACAGCAUUUUCUUCCAAAAAAAGAUUCGUAUUACUUAAUAACCGAAGGUGCACAGCCAAAAUGGCAAAUCCCAACAGUUGAGACAUCAACUAUUCUGAUCUUUCACGAUAAAAGUACCUUUCGAAGCGGUGAGGUGUCAGCUAAACGCUGGUUAUACAAUGAUCAGGCGUCAUUUUAUUCUAAAGGUCGUGGUAGAUCUAAUAUGUUGUCAGACGUUUCGGUCAUGCAUCAGUCAGGUCCAUUUUUUCAAUUAAGUCCAGCUGAAUAUAAUAAAGCAUUAAAGAAAUAUCCAAAAUUAGAUGAAGAACAAGAUGUUGAUUAUAUAGAAUGUCCUGCUAGUGCAUCUGUGCACGUUAGUUCUGAUGGAUAUUUUGACAAUUCAACCAUAUUAGCACAAUUCGAGCGAUUAUUUAAAUUACUAGAAUUCAAAGAAUGUUUUAAUAAUCACAGAAUUGAAAUAGUAGUGGAUAAUGCUCGUACUCAUUCAACUCGUGCUUAUAAUGUAUUAGAUUUCGGAAAAUGA